CCACCAUCCAAUCGUUAGGUUGCGCGAAGGCUGCAGUUUCAGUUUGUUUUAUUCACCAUUUUGAGUAGCUGAAGGUACAAUUUAAGCUAAAUACUUUCGUAGAGCAGGAGUAUUUCCCGCAUUGUUUCAUUUUUAGCACAGGGAGAGGGCGUUGGUUUUGCGACGUCACCUUUAGCCCUCUUGUGUUUUAAAAUACCACAUUUCGUCUCCAUUUUCCGUGCUUUUCUUUUGCUCUUUCACAAUUGUAACCUCUACAGUAUUCCUGCAAAAUGGCAAGACCAGUGAGGAACAGAAAGGUGGUGAAUUACUCCCAGUUCAACGAAUCUGACGAUGCAGAUGAGGACUAUGGGAGAGAAAAGGAAACAACUAAGAAGAUACGUGCUCCACCUCGUGAAAUCAAGCACAAGAAGUCUAAGAAUUCGCAGGAAGACAGCGAGGAUUCAGAUGACAAACUCUCCAAAUCCAAAAAUGAUUCAGCAGAUGAUUUCGGUAGUGAUGAAGACAACGACUUUGGAGAGAAAAAGGAAGACGAAGAUGGAGGAAGUGACUAUGAUGACAAAAAGGCCAAAAAGGGAAAGAAAGGAAAGGCAGAGAAGCCAGGCAAAAAGUCACUGAAGAGGAAACGAGGUGGAGAUGACAGUGAUGAUGAUGAAAAAGAGGUGAGCAGGAAACCGAGGCAGGUGAGGCAGGCUGCGUCAAAGGCCGUGUCCAAACAGAGAGAAAUCCUUCUGGGAGACGGAGGCAGUGAGGAUGAGGAAAAGGAUGAGGAAAAGCAGGCAUACCUGGACCAAGAGUCAGGCAGUGAUGAAGACUUCAUGGUUGAUGAUGAUGAUGACAGCGACUAUGGGCACUCCAAAAAGAAAGGCAAAAAAGUAGUGCCGAGAGGAGGAAGGAGAGUGGAGAAGAAGGACAAGAAAUCUCCUAAACCCCGACUAAAGGCCACAGUGAACCCCAGCCCUAUGAAAGGCAAAGGGAAAGGUCGCCCGGCUAAAGCAGUGGAGAAAUCCUCGCCCAAAGACGAUGAGGAACCCGAGAGCCCUCUUGAAGACGAGGAGGAAGAAGAGGUGGAGAAGAAGUCUCCUCCAUCCAAAAAGACGAAGGAUGAAGCCCCUGAAGACGAGGAAGAAGACGAGGAAGAGGACGGCUCAGAAGAGGAGGCUCCAUCCGGGGAAGACUAGC